CAUGUUUCUUCUUCUAACCUUACUUACAUACACGCCACUCCUCUCUUCUUCAUCUCCUUCAUCACGCUUUCUCUUCUUAUUUGAUUUUUUCUCCUUAACUUUCUCCUUCUCAUUCUCAACAUAUCCUCUUAAGUUACGUGAAAGAUUUCGAACUAUUCAUAUCAAAAUGGGGGUUGAUUACUACAACGUGCUCAACGUGAAUCCAAGCGCAACCGAAGACGAUCUAAAGAAAUCGUACAGAAGGCUUGCAAUGAAAUGGCACCCUGACAAGAACCCAGCUUCAAACAAGAAAGAAGCUGAAUCCAAUUUCAAACAGAUCUCUGAAGCUUACGAUGUUUUAAGUGAUCCUAACAAACGUCAGAUCUACGAUCAGUACGGUGAAGACGGACUCAAGUCUUCCGACGUACCUACCGCGUCAGAAACGGCGUCGUCUCAGCAAAGAAACUACUCUUCCGUUAACAAUGCUGGAUUCAGGUAUUAUCCACGUGAUGCUGAAGAUAUUUUCGCUGAGUUUUUCGGUGCAUCUGAGAAAGUCUUCGGCGGUGGUGGUGGUGGUGGGAGGUUCAAAAGUGCGGAGGCGGGAGGUCAGACAAAUAGGAAAACUCCGGUGAAUACGAAAGCUCCGGCGAUUGAGAGUAAACUGGCUUGUACUCUAGAGGAAUUGUAUAAAGGUGGGAGAAGGAAGAUGAAAAUAUCCCGCGUUGUACCUGAUGGUUUUGGAAAGUCAAAGCCAGUGGAAGAGAUCUUGAAGAUAGACAUAACACCAGGAUGGAAGAAAGGAACAAAGAUAACAUUCCCCGAGAAAGGAAACCAAGAACCCGGUGUAACUCCCGCGGAUCUCAUCUUUGUUAUCGAUGAGAAACCGCACUCGGUUUACAAAAGAGACGGUAAUGAUCUGAUUGUAGAUAAGAAAGUUACUCUUUUGGAGGCGUUGACAGGGAUCACUAUAAGCUUAACAACAUUAGACGGGAAGAACCUCACUAUCCCGGUUUUGGAUAUCGUUAAACCGGGUCAGGAGAUAGUGGUUCCUAAUGAAGGAAUGCCCAUCUCUAAAGAACAUUCCAAGAGAGGAGAUUUAAGGAUCAACUUUGAGAUUUGUUUCCCCUCGAGGCUAACAUUGGAACAGAAGACAGAUCUCAAGAGAGUUCUUGGUGGAAGCGAUAUUGGCAACUAAGUCAGAGAUAAUUUUGAAUUCAAAUGUCAAUUCAGUGUGUACAUAUACAGAAUUGAUCGUUUUUUUAUUUUCAAUUUUGAUCUCAUUUCUUGAUGGCGAAAUUAGUAACAGAAUUGAUCUUUUUUUUUCGUAAACGCUCUCGAUGAUGUUAUCCAAUU